CCGUGACGUCAUCCGUCAGCGCCAGCCGCACGGUGUCACGUGGCCCGUGUGUCUCUGUGGUAGUGUCGGGACCCCGCCCCCCCCCCGCCAGCGCAUCGGUGUCUCUUCGUUGGUCCCGUGCGCGUUUGCUGCGGCCGGGGCCGGAAACCCCGGCAGGAGCCAACAAUGCCAAGAAAAAGAUGCGCAAGACCAACAAAAUUACCGUCUUCAGAAAAGAAAACCAGGAGAGAAAUUAUUGAUAAAAGGGUGGCGUACACAAGGAUAUACUUGGGGAAUCAAAUUGGCCGAUGGCUGACCUUAAGGGAAAAACUGGAUUUCAAAAGUGACACAGACCUUGCAGGAUUUUUGCUGGAUCUCUAUGACAAUGAUGAUCCAUUACCUAAAGAAGCAGUAAUCUCCUUACCUGAAGAUAUGAGAAUUGUAACUGCAAAAGAAGAAAGAGAUUUACAUGACGACUCCUCUUCAGCAGAGAUUGUUGGAAUAUGUGACAGUGAGGACCAACUGACUGCAGAAUCAGCCUGUUCUUUACCACAAAGUAGGGGAAUCAGAACUGUGAAAGAAGAGAGGCAAUUGCAGGAUGACUCCUCUUCAGUACAGAGUGAUGAAAAAUAAGUCAGCAUUCAUACAAUGAGGUUUCCUGGUAUUCAGGUGAAGAUUCUACUAUUGGCUCUGAAUCUGACCUUUCAGAAAGCGCUUCUCCGCGAUGAGCUUCCACGUCCUGCCGGCGGGCUGCCCGGGGUCCGCGCGGCCCGGACGGAUCCUUGGUCAGCGGCUGCGGCUCGACUGAAAUGCGAGACGCUUACAAUGUCGUUACCAGCAAAGAGGUGUGGUAGACCUCCUGUACUGUCCUGCUUGGAAAAGAAAAAGAGGAAGCAAAGUCUCGAUAGAAGAAGAGGAAAAACAAGAAUCUAUGUGGGAAACCAUAUUGAUAGAUGGUUGACACUUAAGGAAAAAUUGGAUUUCAGAAAUGAUGCAGAAGUUGCAGGAUUUUUACUAGAUUUAUAUGACAACUGUGACCCAUUGUCAAAAGCAUCAAUCUGUUCCCUGCCUGAAGAUGUGAGAAGAAUUACAGUGAAAGGGGAAAGAGAGUUACCAGAUGACACUUCUUUAAUAGCAGCGGAUGGAACGUAUGACAAUGAUGACCAGUUGUCUAAAGAAUCUACUUGUUCUGGACCCGAAGAUGUGAGAAUCAUAACUGUGAAAGAAGAGCGGGAUUUGCCUGAUGACUGUUCAACAGAGACCGAUGACACGUUAGUGACACUGUUGGUUUUGCAUGUUUUAUAUCUGAAUAUAUUAUUUUGCAUCAGUUUAUUAUCACUUUUAAUUUUGUUUAUUAGAAACCCAUACCACUCAUGCUCUUAUCCCUUGUUUAAAAACAACUUGAAUGUUUUUGGAUGGUCCAGAUGAGGGGAAAACCUGAAGUAUGUUGUGGGAAAGUUGAAAACCUCAAGGGGCACACACAGCAAACGUGCAUCUCUGUUUGCUGCCUUCCAUAAUUGUAUGUAAAGCUCACUGAUAAAACAAGAAAAUAUAGUGUCUCAGGUAUUUUACAGUGAAAUUGUCAGUAAAUUUUGAUACCUGUAGCAGAAUGCAGCCUGCAGACUAAUGCGAUUUUUGUGCGUGCAGUUACCUUUGCUCAAAAGACAAAUGUUUCAUUGUUGCCUGUUUUGGAAUGAUGUUACAUACAAAGUGACAUGUUAACCUAUCUAAAAUAGUGCCGUGUUCCUCGAGGCAACCACACCAUCAGUCGACUCUACUGAUUUCUUUUACUGCAAUACCAACAGUAACUGAGGCAUUCACAGUUGAGAUCAAAGGAGCCUCAAAUAGGUAUGCUUGUCCAUUACUCUUUCUUUAGGUUUCAAUUAUCCACAACAGCGUUACUGAAUACAUUAAUUUGGUCCAUAUUUUAGUUAUCUAACUUUCUUUAAAAAUGUAUUUUUAAUGUGUGCAGGGGACACUGAGAGCCUAGGACAUUACAAUGGCAUUGCAUGGUGUGUCCAAACCCCUCGCUAAUAUGGUGAAGUACGUAAGGCAUGAAGCAUGUGUUUGCAUGAAUCUUAUUUUCCACUAUUCUUUUUUGUAACUUUGUUAACUUUUCCUACUUUGAUUUUGACAGAUUAACAAACUGGAGUUUCUGAAAGUGAUUCCUCUUGUGAUUCAGAAGAA